CGCUUUUCCCUGCUGUGAUUGGAUAAAGUGCCAGGGCUCCGCUUCGAUCCCUCGCCGGGUUCUUCAUCGAUUUAUUUCCGCCUUUCCUUUGAGUGGCCCUCGGGGCGGGGAAGACUUGGGUGACGGUUUGAAGAGGCGACAGAGACUACGGGAGUGAAGAUGGCGGCGGUUGACACUGGUGAGGAGGUUGGUGGCGUCUGCCAGCAUCACGCACAGCAGACGAUAUGUGCAUCGCGCGCUAAGUAUCGCGAAGGGCGCCGGCCAAGAGCAGUGAAGGUUUACACUGUCAAUUUAGAGUCUCGAUAUUUGUUAAUCCAAGGUGUUCCUGCAUUGGGAGUUAUGAAGGAAUUAAUUGAACUUUUUGCUUUAUAUGGUACUGUCGAGGAAUAUAAUCCACUAAAUGGAUAUCCAGCAGAAGAAUUUACUGAAGUGUACUUGAUCAAGUUUUUAAAAAUACAGAGUGCAAGGGCAGCCAAAAGAAAACUGGAUGAGCGGAAUUUCUUUGGCAGUUUGUUACAUAUAUGCUAUGCUCCAGAAUUUGAGAGUGUACAAGAGACCAGAGACAAACUAAAAGACAGACGAAAAUAUAUAGCAAAAGCAACCAGUUGUAAAGAGCAAUCACUUGAAACAAAACAGGAUUGUUGUAUACGUUCUUCAAAGAUCAUGCCGUUGGAUUGUCGAUCAUGGACAUCUAAAACAACAGCCAUUAGCAAAUGGAAUCCAGCAACAUAUACACAGGACCCCUGUCAAUCUUCCUGUUCCACAUUAUUACUGAAACAUAUUACAUCUCCUUUAGAACAACAUUGCCAGAGUCUGGUAGUAGCACCUCACUGUGCUACAACAUCUGCAUGCUUUAGCCAAAAGAUAAGAAUGGAUAAAAAGCCACAGCAAAAAGAGCAUGACACAUUGGCUUGCUGGAACCUAGGAAGAAAGAUUGCAUGUGAUGAAGGUCUUGCAAGAUUCAUGCCCCGAACUACUCAACUUCAGGAACGAAAGAGGAGAAGAGAUGAAGACAACAAACUUGCCCUUUUGGGAAGAGAGCCUAAUGGUGAAGAAAUCAUUUUUGGCCCAAAGCUACCAGAAACUCCUAAAAUAGAUAUGGAUGAUGAUUCACUGAACACCUCAGCAAACUUAAUUCGUAAUAGACUAAAGAAGAUUGCUGAUCCAGUUCAAACUUUGAGUUCAUCUGAAGAAUUAUUAGUGGAAAAUCAAACAAAGCCAGUAAUAAAGCAGAGGCGGCGAAUAUGAAUAUUUCUGCUUGCAUAUUACAUUUAUAUUUGACUCACAAACAGAUCUACAACUCAGGAGCAUCUUGGAAAGCUUGUGAUUCAAAGGACAUCCUGCACUGUAAAGGAAAUAAUAAACAUUUUUUUAAAAAGCUAUAACAAACAUAUGUCCAAAGAACAAUGUCUAUAUAUCUGGAAAUGUUUAAUAAAAUAUUAAAAUUAAGUCCAAUAUUUCACUUUUAAAUAGAAAAUUUUAAGAGCCUGUUUGGUGCCAUGGUUAAAAUGCUGACCUAGAAAACAAGAGACUUUUGAGUUUUAAAUCUACCUUAGGCAAGAAUGAUGGCUGAGCUAGUCAUGUCUCUGGGCCAGUCACUCUCAGCCCAACCCUCCCUCAAAGGGUUGAAGCUGUGGGGAAAAUAGGAGACUGGAAUAUAGGUAUGUUUAUCCCCUUGUAUUUUAUACAAAAAGAUGGAAUAAAAAUGUAAUAAUAAUCAUGUUGUAUCAUAUUUUAUUGAAAUUAUUUGCCAAAAUUCUGAUUGUUUGAGAAAUAAAAAGAUCAAGAUUUCCCUAAGUAUGUGAAGCUAGUUACAUCAUUCUCUGGGUCUAUUGUACAUUGAUAUUUUUGUUCGUAUCAAAUGAUCCAUAAACAUAAAUGAUAUUCUGAUGCUUUUAUUUUUGAAACACUCUGGUUUUCAGAAAUGCAUGUAGUUAGGCAGUUUAUAUAACAAGACAUUAAUAUAGCCGCAGGAAAAAAAUUAAUUGCAUUAAUUGAAAAUUUUAUUACAAGAAAUUUACUGUAAGAGUUCCUACACUGUAAGUCAUCGCAUUAGUAUUUGAUGAUGUACUUUUUCAGAAGAGUCAAAAGCCUAAAUGAAUGAUUAAAAUAGUCAACCUUA